GUCUUUAGCUAAACAAGUUCAUCAAAUCUCCCACCCUCACGUAUUUUUACAUUGAAAUACCUCGAAGAUUUACUGAAUUUGCUUUGUUUUGUACCUUCCUGGUGUGUGAUUGAACAAAUAUUAGUAAUAUUUUGGGUAGAUUUCUUCUCUUACAUCCACCCGUCUUGGGAAACGUGUGUAAAUAUUAAAUCUUUGAGCUGAUUUGCUGGUACUGCCCUAUACCUACAACUUAUAUGAAGCGAGCGAAAAUUUGACAGCUAGAAAUAACGUCUAAAUUUUCCUCAAACACUCUAAUGACUUAAAAGACAAAAAUAUUGGUUUGUGUUGUUCUGGGGGUACACUAUGUCUGAAGAAGACAAAGAAAAGCAAAUAGACCGGACGGUGAAUGUUUUUGAUGCUAGUGUGUUCGAUCAGAACAAUUGGGUGGAUUAUAUUCACACCAAUGAAAGAUAUUUUGAAUCAGUCAGUAUCUUCUUUGAAUAAUGCUGGUUAAUCUUUGUCACAGUAGUUUAAAACCAGCGAUUGUUUGUAACAAACCAACUUAUGAUGGCUAUGAAAUUAAUAAUCUUAUACAGCAGACAUCCUAUCGAAACCAAGGUUUUAUGGUGGAACGAUUUAUCAAACCACCAGUAACUAUAACGUUGAAAUUCCCAUGUAAUGUUGAAAUUUUCAAAAUAUGUAUCAAUCCCUUUGUUGGUCGACAAAAAUCUCUAGGCUUUGAGGUACACACAAAAUCUGAAGUUGUGAUGGAUUCGUGGUUGAUGAACUCCAGUCUGACACCGUCUGUUAAUACAGAUGGUAUUUUUGUUCCAGUCGGAAGAACUCUUCUUAAAGAAGCAAAAACGUUUUGUUUCCGUAAUUAUAGUUUUAAAGGCCAGCGGGAAAUACCUAGUACAAUGCUUUGUCAAUUAGAAUUACCUUUGAAACACCACCAACAGAAAUCUCUUACUUUUGUUAGUCACGUGUCACUGAGAAUAACUCAGACAGAGGGGAGUAGUGUCCCUUGCAUUGGGAAACUUGAAAUAUGGGCCAAACCCGUGUCAAACGGUGUCGCAAAUCUCGUAAGCAAAGUUUAUUCCUGUUUUGAAGAACGUUUUUUGAAUGAUCAGGUUUGUGAGACAGACACAGUGAACACGGACGACUUUAUUAAUCAAAACGCAACUUCUUCUUUACCUACAAAUAGCAAUUCUUUUAACUUAAAUGGUGUUGAUGUUCCUGAAGAUUUUCUAGAUCCCAUCACAUGUGAAAUAAUGACCAUGCCGAUGUUGUUACCUUCUGGUCAGUCUGUGGACCAAUCUACAUUAGUCAAUUAUAAUAAUGCUGAAUCAAGAUGGGGACGCACACCAAAUAACCUUUUCACUUCCAUUAAAUUCACUUCAACUUACAAACCUGUACCGAAUACAUCACUCAAAGUAAGGAUUGAUAAAUUCCUCCUAGACAACUCUCAGCAACUUUCUGAUGUACCAAGAACUAUUGGUCGUGCUUCAGACAUACAGAAUCAAGGAUUGUCUAUAGAAAAUAAAAGCUGGGUCCAACCUGCUCGUUUAAGAGCUGAUUCUCGAAAAAUGUGCAGCCAAACAUUUCUUCAGCAUGGUAACUCUUCAACUAAACUUAAAGCAUCAUGUUCAUCACUAAAUAAACAUCAGAAUUUGGCAGCUUCAAGUUUGAACGGUCAUAUUAAAUCUCACACAAAGCACGAAAAUAUCUCCAACAGUUCUGCACAAUCCAGAACUACUGAUGGAAAAAAUUUUCAAAUGCUAACUCCUGGAUUAAAGAGAAAAACUUUAUCUUCUUCAAAAACUAGUGAUGAUGUUGGUAACACUGCCAAAAGACAACAAACAUCUGAAAGUGCUCGGGUAAUUAGAGAUUCACAUGAGAAUGAUUUAAACCAAAGCCUUGAAGCAGCUUUAUCUCGAACUUUAGGUACACUUCCAUCUUUCAGUACACCAGUUAUGAAUAGCAAAGAAAUCAUUGCUAAAAAAUGUGCAAAAUGUCAAAUAAGCAAUGAGGCACAUCUCUAUGUGUUGCCUUGCACCCAUAUACUGUGUCGAAAUUGUCUCAAUAGUAAUUACCGAAAUGAGAAUGGUACUAUGAAAUAUUUUUGCUUGCAGUGCAAGGAUUCUUAUAAUUCCAAAGAGAUUCAGCGACUUUAUGAUUGAUUUCUUCUCUAAUAUAUGAAUAAUUUUUUUUUUUUUUGUGACUUGUAUAUGUUUCAUACAAAGUUGGAAAGAAUGUACUUUUGCUUUGAAAUUUGUAAUAAAAAUUCUUAUGGUUAAAUAACCUUUCGAAAAUACAUCCUAAAACUUAAGCCAGUGAUGGGAACUUCGUGAUUACGUAACCUGCUAGAAAUAGCAAACAAAUCUACCUCAAAUUACAUUUUGCCAAAGUAAAAUUGGGCACAUUUGAUUAUAUGGCUAAGAGCAUAUUGUAUUUUUAAAAAUGCUGGAAUGGCCCUUUCAUCAAAGCUGACUUGAGGCUAAGCAACAACUCAUAAAACAAUUCCAUUUUAUUCAAAAUAGAAACAAUUGUGUGUGUGAGAGGGAGAGAGAUGAAAAUUUAAUAAACCAUUAGUUUGGAUAUUAAAUUCCAAAUGAUUUCAGUUUAAUCAAUUCAUACAUUAUAAAUGAUGACAAAUAUUUAAAAAUAAUUAUUAAAUGAGAAGUAUUUUUAAACAU